UCAUGUUUAUUGAGUGUUGUUGGAGAACGAUAGUCUACAGAGAAUAGGCAGAGAAAUGUUGAGAGAAGCAGGUAAAGUAUGUCCAGAGACAACCCUCGCAAGAUUUCCCAGUCAAGGCCCUCUGUCUGAGACUGUGACCUCACCGUCAGAAGUUGCAGGGAAACAAGGAGAUAAAAUAAAGAAACCUGCAGUUACUCAAGCAACUUCUAGUGAUGGUACAUCUUCAUCUGAGACAGUAAGUCAGUCAGUACCACACUCAGGUGUAUGUCCAGUGUUGACAGAGUAUAAGCAGUACUUGCAGUCUGUUUACAAAGCUAGAGUCCUAGCUCCAGCAGACAAGUACCUUCCCACCCUAGACUCUCCCUACAUUAAUCUUGCCAUGAUUAGAAGGGAAAACUAUGAUCCUGAACAAAGAGAUGAGUUUACCAGGAGAACGCUGCAUGGAGGAGUAGACGAGAUUCUUGAAAACAAAUCACCCAUUAGAAUUGAAGAUUUGUGGCCUUUGAAAGACAGAAGAACCAUA